AUGGCAUCUUUAGAGCUCCUAACACCGCAUUUAUCAAAAAUAAAAAUACCGACAUCUCAGCAGUUGAUUUACAAGGAUGAAUGUGUUUAUUCGUUCGAUAACCCGGAAUCAGAAACAGGCCUAUAUGUAUCUCUAACAUCUUUUCUUGGCUUUGGUCGAAACUACGUGGAGCAGUACUACCAGAAAACAGGAAAUGCUGUCUUUUUACACAUUGCCCGAGAAAAGAAACCUAUCCCAGAACCCGAACAGACUGGCGAUGGCCCAGAGAAGAAAAUCACCCGGUUAGCGAUAGGUGUUGAAGGUGGCUUUGACCCAGAAUGUGGUAAAGCGAAGUACACGUACACAGACCAUUACAAUAUUGUAGUGUUGCCAGGCUUCCAGAGCUUUCCGUGGCCUAAUGACGCUUUGCCGGAAGUGAUCAAAAAGUCCGUCCAAGGCAUACUAGACGCAGAAUCGCCGUUCAAAAUAGCUGAGAUGGCCGCCUUACAUGGUACUUGGGAUGGAGAAAAACGAGAAGUUUCUGUCCACGCUGUAGACCUGCAGCAGCUAGACAAUGGCAUCAAGAUCCCACCCUCUGGCUGGAAAUGUCAGAAAUGUGAUCUCACUAAUAACCUGUGGCUGAAUCUCACAGAUGGAUCUAUACUUUGUGGAAGGCGAUUCUUCGAUGGCUCCGGUGGAAACGAUCAUGCUGUGGAGCAUUAUCGUGAAACAGGCUACCCUCUAGCGGUGAAACUGGGAACUAUUACGGCGGAAGGCAAAGGCGACGUUUUCUCAUACGCCGAAGACGACAUGGUUGAAGAUCCAUAUUUGGCUAAUCAUUUAAAACACUUUGGCAUCAAUGUUCAACAAUUGCAGAAGACAGAGAAGUCAAUGGUUGAAUUAGAGUUAGAGCUGAACCGAAGGACCGGUGAAUGGAACACUCUUCAAGAGAGCGGGAGUGAACUGCGGCCGUUGCACGGACCGGCUCUUACAGGUCUCAAUAAUUUGGGCAAUUCGUGCUAUAUCAACAGUGUGCUACAGGUCAUGUUCAGAAUGCCAGACUUUGUUAGGCGCUUCGUGGAAGGUGCCCCGGAAAUUUUCUCGACUUUCCCUGAAGAUCCAGUCAAUGAUUUCAACGUCCAAACGGCUAAAGUUGGUGUCGGUCUUAUAUCCGGUCGUUAUUCGUUCCCCGGCGAGGUAGAUGGCAGUCAGCAGGGCAUUUCACCUCACAUGUAUCGCCAGCUCAUUGGAAAAGGUCAUCCGGAGUUCAUGACAAAACGCCAGCAGGAUGCGCACGAGUUUUUCCUGCACUUCCUCACACUUUUAGAGCGCAACAGUCGUCAUAAACCAAACCCCUCUGACUGUCUCAAAUUUGGGGUGGAGGAACGGUUGCAAUGUAGCGAGUCUCUCGGCGUGCGGUACACGCGGAGGGCAGAGCACCACCUGCCGUUGCCCGUGCCCAUCGUGGCUGCGACGAACGCGGCGCAGGUGCGAGAGUACGAGGCGAGGCGGGCGCAGGCUGAAGCGAGUGGGCAGAGGCUAGAUCCAUCGCAUAUGGUCCGCCCCAUGAUCCCGUUCCAGGCAUGUUUGGAAAGCUUUAUGAAAGAGGAGGCGGUUGAACAGUUCUUCAGCUCCGCACUAAACAAAAAGGUUACAGCUAGGAAAAUCACGCGGUUAGCUACCUUCCCGGACUACCUGUUAAUCCAGCUUAAGAAAUUCACGAUCAAAGAGGACUGGACACCCGCCAAACUAGAUGUAGCCGUCGACAUGCCCUGGGAGGUAGAUCUAAGCAGCUUACGUGGUCAUGGUCUGCAGCCUGGCGAGACUUUAUUACCGGAAGCCGCAUCUGACGCACCUGCGCCUGUUUAUGACGAAAGUUUAAUGGCGAAGUUGUUGGACAUGGGUUUCCCAGUAGAAGCGUGCAAAAAGGCUCUUUACUACACAAAUAACUCCAGUAUGGAGGCGGCUUCAGAAUGGCUGAUGGAACACAUGACAGAUUGGGACUUUGCUAACAAGUUUGAGCCUCCCGGCUCUAAGCCAGCAGAUGCAUGUGCUGUCGCUGUGGACCCAGCAAGUGUGGAGCAGAUAACAGGCAUGGGUUUCACACCGAGUCAAGCGGCUAAAGCGCUCCAAGCGACCGGCGGUGACGUGGGCCGAGCCCUGGACUGGAUAUUUAGUCGGGCUGAACAGCUCGAUGUAGAUGAAGAACCCGCCCCCGCAGCGCAAGAUCGCAGUCUCGGUUGCAGAGAUGGAUCGGAGAAAUACAAGCUUGUAGCCUUUAUAUCGCACAUGGGCACUUCCACAAUGGUGGGACACUAUGUCUGUCAUAUCCUACACGAAGGGAGAUGGGUCAUAUUCAACGAUAAUAAGGUCGCUCUAUCAGAGAACCCGCCCAAAGAUCUCGGCUACCUGUACCUCUACGAGCGUGUCUGA